CGCAAAGAGUGAGGAUUGAAAACAGAACAUAACAGAACAGAUUACAGAACAUAACAUCCUCACACUACAAUCAACCCUACGCGUCACAAUCCUACGUGACACACCGACACAUAUGACAAACCCUGGCGUACCUUGCUAACCUGCGCCACCGUUUCCCUCGUUGAUUUAUCAACCCCCCUCCCUCCCCCUCUCUCUCUCUCUCUCUCUCUCUCUCUCUCUCUGCAAAAUUCACUCCUUCAAAUUCUGGAUUCCUCUGUCUCUCUCUCUCUCUCUUCAUUUGCGUUGGGAUUUAACUGAUCAUCAAGCAAUCACUGCCACUCCUUUUCUCUGUUUAAGUGUUAACGUUGUUCAUUUGAUCCCAACAACGCCAAUGAUAUUUAGUUAUUGCCUCUUAAAUACUAUUAAGCUUAGCUGCAAAGUUGUUCCCUUUUCUUGGUGCUCAGAUUAAUCCCAAUCUUUGGUAUUAGGCAAAAUAGGUUUAUUGACUGUGUGACCUAUGAAUUGCAAAAUUUUGUGUUUGUUUGCAAUUGGAAUGCAAUGAGACGGCGCCAUGACCAAAUGGAUAAAGGGGCAGCAAAGAACCAGAAUUCCAGGCUUUGUUGUUUAGCUUCCUUGUCUGCAUUCUUCUGGUUCUUGCUGUUGUACUUCCAUUUUGUGAUCCUUGCAGGAGAUAAUAAUAAUAAGAAUAAUUAUAAUAGUAGUAACAAUAAUAAUCAUAUUGAUCACUCAACCAAAUUAGUACCUGUUUCUGUUUAUUAUGAACCCACCCCAAUCCAUGUAAAUGAUGUCCCUCAAGUGCAAGCCCCUCCCAGAAAGAUUGGCUUCCCUGACCCUGGGGUGCGGAAGAGUGAUGACACUCGGAAUCAGAAGGAUUUCCCUUUUGUGAGAGCACUGAGAACUGCUGAAAACAAGAGUGAUCCCUGUGGGGGGAGGUAUAUUUAUGUGCAUGACCUUCCCUCAAGGUUCAAUGAGGAUAUGUUGAAGGAGUGCAAGACUUUGAGUCUUUGGACUAAUAUGUGUAAGUUCACCACCAAUGCUGGCCUUGGUCCUCCCCUUGAGAAUGUUGAAGGGGUGUUCUCUGAUACCGGCUGGUAUGCUACAAAUCAGUUUGCUGUUGAUGUGAUUUUCGGAAAUCGGAUGAAGCAGUAUGAGUGCUUGACAAAGGAUUCCUCUAUUGCUGCUGCAGUUUUUGUACCCUUUUAUGCUGGGUUGGACAUUGCACGUUAUCUUUGGGGUUAUAAUAUUUCAGUGAGGGAUGCAGCUUCGCUUGAUCUGGUUGACUGGCUUGUGAAGAGGCCAGAAUGGAGCAUAAUGAAUGGUAGAGACCAUUUUCUUGUUGCAGGAAGGAUAACGUGGGAUUUCAGGAGAUUAUCUGAUGAAGAAUCAGACUGGGGCAAUAAGCUUCUGUUUUUACCAGCAGCAAAGAAUAUGUCCAUGCUCGUGGUUGAGUCCAGCCCCUGGAAUGCCAAUGAUUUUGGGAUUCCAUAUCCUACAUACUUCCACCCUGCAAAAGAUGCUGAUGUGUUCAUGUGGCAGGACAGAAUGAGGGGAUUAGAGAGGAAGUGGCUCUUCUCCUUUGCUGGAGCUCCCCGUCCUGGCAACCCCAAAUCAAUCAGGGGUCAGUUAAUUGACCAAUGUAAAAGGUCACGGGUUUGUAAGCUGUUGGAAUGUGACUUUGGCGAAAGCAAAUGUCAUUCUCCCAGCAGCAUAAUGCAGAUGUUUCAAAGCUCACUUUUCUGCUUGCAGCCCCAGGGUGAUUCCUACACGCGGAGAUCUGCUUUUGAUUCAAUGUUGGCUGGUUGUAUACCUGUCUUCUUCCAUCCAGGUUCAGCAUAUACACAAUAUACUUGGCAUCUUCCUAAGAAUUAUACCAGGUAUUCUGUCUUCAUUCCGGAGAAUGAUAUUCGUAAGAGGAAUGUCGGUAUAGAGGAAAGGCUAAGUCAGAUACCUCACGAGCAAGUGAAAAUCAUGAGAGAAGAGGUCAUUAGUCUCAUUCCAAGACUAGUAUAUGCUGACCCUCGCUCUAAAUUAGAUACUCUUAAAGAUGCAUUUGAUGUUUCUGUACAAGCUGUGAUUGACAAGGUUACAAAUUUGAGGAAGGAUAUUAUUGAAGGCCGUAAAGAUGACAACUUCAUUGAGGAGAACAGUUGGAAAUAUGCUUUGUUGGACGAGGGAAAGCAUGAGGUAGGACCUCAUGAAUGGGAUCCUUUCUUCUCGAAACCAAAGGAUGGUAGUGAAGAUUCCAGUAAAUCCUCUGCUGAAGCUGCAAAAAAUUCUUGGAAGAAUGAGCAAAGAAAUGAAUCAUAAAAGGAAGGGGAAAAAAUUAUGUGCAGGGUGCUGAAUUGAGGUUUAAUGCAGCCUCAGAAAUGCUUUCCCUGAAAUGGGGAAGAAUUGCAAAUUAUUGCUGGGGACUUGCUGUGAACUUAUUGCUGAACUUUGUGUCCAAAUAUAUCGAGCGGGCUUCCUGAUUGAAGACCGCCACCUUGGAGACAGAUUCUUUGCUUGACACAUUUUUGUUAAAUAGGUUUUUCUGAUUUCUGCUUCAUGUAUUCUCCUCAGUGAUUCCUCUAAUGCAUUUUGCGAGGUUUAAUAAUUUCUUUUAUGUAAUAUUUUUGUUCGUUUGAUUCAUAUAGGAAAUAUAAACAAUUUUGUUAUGGUUAAUGGUAAACUUGAACAAGUUUAACCAUUGAAUUUCACCGAUGCAUCAGUGCUACGUGAAAAUGU